AUGCUCGCCGCACCUGCCUCACGCGACUGCGGUACGCGUCGAGACGCAGCUUCCCAAGGCCCGACCUCUACCACUCCCACGCUGCUAACGACCAGAUAUACUCUCGCAGACGACAUAAGAGAUGGAAUCUGGACUGCUGAACGCUGUGUGGCCCUACUAGCCCAGCUUGAGUCGCAGCUCGCAGCUCUGCGCAGACUGGCUGGCGAGACACAGCAUUGUACGUCCAACGCUGGCUCACAUGCCCCCACGAAUCCGAACGCCAACAAGACUGGCUCGAUACUGCCCAAUGCCAAGAGGAAACGAGUCUACCAAACCUACAGCUCUGAUCACAUCCGGAAGAGGAAACAGAGCACCCAUCGCACAGCGGCGACGCCUCCACGCAAGUCGCGUGUCUAUGGAGAGCUUAGAAGAAGUCAGCAGUCCCCUUCCGCCAACCAACUGGCUGUCAUCACGCCCAUCUGCGCAAAGAACCGCAGAAUCAUUGCUCAUCCAUCGGAAACCUACACCACGCAGAACCAACGUCCCGAGCCUCUCGACGACGACGAGCCAUCAUGUCCUCUCGAUGAAUCGCUUCAAUCUUUCCGUGCCCGCAUCGGCGAGGUGCGCUACCGUAUCUACAGCACCAUCUUUGACUGGCUCAGGGAUCUCUUUCUGGCGACAGCAGCGGCGUGGAACGACCCUCACUCAAAGUCACUUUUGAGCAUGUGCUUGCGGCGGGUGCCAGAAUAUGCUGAGCACAUUGAAGAAUACGAGAGACAAGGAUUCGCUGCUGAACCUAUGGAGAGGCCCUCCUCUUGCCCAAGCGCCAGUUUGGCUCUUUACUCUCAAUUGGAAACACUCGGCUAUGGUCCGUGGAGCCGGGCUCUCAUGUUACGCGCCAUCCGCGCUCAUGGCGUGCUCAUUUUAGCGAAGAGCGUCGGAAAAGGACUCUUCGACCCUUCAUUCAUCAGUCUCCUCGUGGACUUGUGCUUGAGCAUGGGUUGCGAUCGCGAAGCUGUGCGCAUCACCAGCGCAGUGGCAUGGCCACUACCACGGCCACGGAAGGCUACGAGUUACCUGGCUGAGAGCUCACGGUCAUUACCAACCCAUGCCUUGCUGUCUGUCCUAAAUGAGCGGAGCGGUCGUCGGUGCGGACUCGUAUUUGAUCAUGUUUCAAACCUACUCAAAGAGAAACGGCUCCCCCCGUCGUGGAUCCACACAGGCCCCUUUACCGAAGUCUUCACAUAUGCCGUCAAGGCUGUCAGAGAUGGGCCAUGUGCCGCGGCGGCGGCUGAAUUGCUGGCUCUCAGCGCCAACUUGGCCAUGCAUGGCAACAGCUCACGGUUGCACGCCGAGAGAGGCGGGUGCCGUUACCAGACACUGGUACGCAUCGCGGCAGGCUUGGGUACAGCAGCCAUCAUGGCUAAUAGAAGAAGAAGCGAGAGCUCUGCCGCGCAAAGCGGCCCCUUCAAACGGCUCUGUUAUGCCCUGAGAUGGUGUGCCGGUCGUUCCUGCGAGCAGUCGCUGAGACAAAGAGGCCCAGGAGCCUUUCUUUUUGCUUUCACCGAACUCAUUGCCUGCAUCGACUCCGAACAUUGUGCGUUUGAUGCACAAAAGAUAGUGUCGCACAUCCUAACCACUACAUCAGAAACGCAGGACGAGUAUUUGUAUCUUGCGCUGCGUUUGAUGCGGGCCAUGGGCCGGGUGUUGGCGCGCGGGAAAGAUGCCUCGUAUGCCCACGUUGACCUUGUACAGUUCUCCAGAGGAUUGAAUCGGCAGCAAUUGCCGGUAUGGUUUCUUCAGGGGCUUGAUGAGGCCGAAAGAGACUUUGGUUUCGUUUUACAUGCUUCAAAUAACGCGCCAGGGGCUGCUGGCGCUCCCGCAGCUGGGACGUGGACACCACCACCAGGCUGGGUUUGGGAGGACGGCAUAGGCGAAUGGACUCGCAGCGCUUCUUGA